AUGGAUGUCAAGUACCUCCAGGACAGGUAUGCAAAGGGGAUGGAGCGUGUGAACACACUGCUGAAGCACUCUCAACGCUUCAUGCAUGUGGAUGAUUUGAUGGAAGCUGCCAAUGAUGUUGUCCAGCAUUUGAAUCAGAAUGGGACAAUGGACUAUUGGGAGUUCAGCAUCAAUUUUGUCGAUGACAACCCCCAUGGCAAUGACAAGCGCCGUACAUCUCAACAAGGUACUUUGAUUUUGAACCUCAUCUAUGUGCAACAGCGUGGUGUUCCUGGAGUUGUGACCAUUCUAAAACAAUGCUUACAGGGGGUGUCAAUACCUGAGGGUGCAGAAGUACAUGUCUUCGACCUGACUCCAAACCGAUUUGCUGAGUGGUCACGUGCUGUGUGGGAUCGCCAACUUCACAACUUGAAGAACCCAGAUGCGUGUGUGGAGAAGUUCACAUAUACGGGGUACUUUGCAGAACCACAGGAAGCGGACACCCAACGAAAGGACAUGAUCGGACGAGGGAUGGAGGACAAAGAAGCUGUGUUGGACUGGUGGGACAACUGCCCAGAAGCAGGAGCGAAGACCAGACCAGCUUCUGCAUUUGGUGAAGCACAGCCAUCCUUGACCUCACUGACUGUUGUAGAUGGUCUCCUGAAGAUUCCAGAUGCGAUGACAGCCCGUUUCAAUGUGGAUUCGGCGCAUGUUUCCAAUGUCAAGCUGUUGGAAAACGAAGUCAAAAAGGCCAACACAAGAGUGGUCAAGAGGGCGUUGAGAAGCUUAGCUCCAACUCCAACCGUUCAAACUCAGACUGCGACAGCUGGCACCCCAAACCGCCAAAACCGGACAUCAUGUCAGCCGGAGUUCACAGACAAUGACAAGCCAUUGGACGUGAGCCGCGUUGUUGAUUUGGCAUCGGUGCCAGAGCAAGACUUCCGCAGCACACAACAGAUCUUGGCUAUGGCUGCAUAUCCCCGUGGGCCAUCCAUCAAGGUAUGCAUCAAUGCUGAGCUGGAGAUUUGGAUGGUGAACGAUGCAGAUACCGAUGCUGAGGUUGAAGCUGGUGAACUGCUGGGCUUCAACGUCGGCAAUUUCAAAGAGAUUGCCUUGGGUGCCACGGCUGCAUGCUGA